GCGGCUCCUUGUAAUGGCGACCGUGCCGUAGAUGUGCCUAGGUUUGUGAAAAUGAAGCGAAGAAGAAGUUAUUUCUUUUAAGUAAAACGCCGAGGUUCCCCGGAGGAGGACUUUGCGUCUACAACCAUCACCUUUAUAAGUGGUAAACUUAGCUGUACUUUUGAACUUUUGUGCCCUUUUGAAAUGAUGAAGCUCAAGUCGAACCAAACCCGGACGUACGACGGGGACGGCUACAAGAAGCGGGCCGCCUGCCUGUGCUUCAGGAGCGAGAGCGAGGAGGAGGUGCUGCUGGUGAGCAGUAGUCGACAUCCUGACAAGUGGAUAGUUCCUGGAGGGGGCAUGGAGCCAGAGGAGGAGCCCAAUGUUGCUGCAGCUCGAGAAGUGUGUGAAGAGGCCGGUGUGAAGGGGACUUUAGGUCGCUUAGUCGGAGUAUUUGAGAACCAGGAGAGGAAACACAGAACCUACGUCUACGUUCUUAUUGUAACAGAGUUGCUGGAGGACUGGGAGGACUCGGUCAACAUUGGGAGAAAAAGGGAAUGGUUUAAAAUAGACGAUGCCAUACAAGUGUUGCAGUGUCACAAGCCUGUGCAGGCCACCUACUUCGAGGCUCUCCAGGAGAGUUGCCUGACCAGUAACGGAACACCUUUGGUGGCCACGAUAGGCGGGGACCUCUCCCCUACCUACAGCAUCAAUCAGAGCUCCGUCUCGGGUAUCAGAUAACUAAAACCAUAACUCUGACACCUUUCGGGAGCUUUCACCACCACUUGCGCUCUUACUUGUGUCAUUUCUCUUUCUCUUCUCUGUUCUUCUCUUUUCUCUCUCUGUCUCAAUAACAUGGUUUGCCUUGCCAACUCCUUUGUGCCAGAACUGUGGCACAGACUUGAUGACAAGUGUCGGUUGAAUAGUCUGAAACACUUUGUAAAUGUAAAUGUAAUUUUUGACCCCUAUUUUUUUUUUCUUUUUACUGACAACUGCAUGAAAUGUCCCCUCGUUCCCCUCAUCCUCUUUCCUUAACGCGCCCUUAGCGUGGUGUUUAUUGAAUGCAAGAACUACUUUUUACUGUUGUAAUGUAAAAGUGUAUACUUAGUGCUUAAGCUGAAGGCUUUUGGUGGUCUUUUUAAAGUCUCCUCCAUUUGUUUUUUUUCGGUUAUUUUUUCUGUGAAUGAAUGUGCCCAUUAGUGUACUCCCUCCCCCCUGUUAAUAAGGAUAGGAUAUGUCGUCUGUAUCUGGAUGAACAGAAUUGUGGGAAGUGACUUGUCUUGCAUGAGCACUGUUAUGUUGUGUCUCACUCGCUCGAGUGACCUGAUGCUGACUGUGCAACAGACUCGUGGUAAGGUCUUUUGGAUUCUCUUCAUUUUGCUCCUUAUCGUGGUUAUCGAUGUCUCUCUAAUCAGAAGGAUACGGCUCCUCGCUAGUUUUUCCAAUCUCAAGUGUCAACUGUGUUUCUCUCAUAUUUGGGAAGCUAGCCAAGCACUACAGGUUUCACUCUCAGACACAGACAUCUAUAUACUGUAACGAGAGAGAAAGAAUGUCAACAUACAAUGUCAAAUGAACCACCUUUCUCCUCAGUGUCUUUACCUCCUUUUAAUCCUUUUUUUGUUUUCUUUUUUUUAAAACCUGCUUUCUUGUGACAGACUACAAAGUCUUCCUCCACACACUGAGAGGGUAGAAGUAGUAGAUUUAAAAAAAAAAAAAAUCAUGGACUUGUAAUUUCAAAAUGCAGCACAUAUCACUUAAGUUAUUAAAAACCAUUUCCAUAUUUUACUCCUCACAUUCAGUUUGGUUAAAAGCAAUUGUUUACACUGUGUUGGUAACGGCACAGGUGACUUUAGUGGGCACUCAUUAUGGUCUUUUUUUUUUUUAUUUACCCUUUCUGUUAGUAUUUAAUCUGCAUCCCCAAAAACACUCAAAACACCUGCUUGACAUCGAACGUAAUGGAAUCUAUAAUGCUGAUGCAGAACAAACAAGCCUUGUACAGUUUGAGACCUCGUUUUUAACAUGUAAAAUGCUUUUGGAUACUAGUUCUUUUUUUUGUUUCUUUGUUUUUAUGUUUUUUUCUCUCUAACGUCUGGCAAAAGUCUCUUUAGCCGAGCUGCGUCACUUUGGCCUCGAUGUGGCGUGAGGCAGCUGGCUCAAUACUGUGAAACUGGAGGCGCUGUAGAUAGCAUGUUAGAGGUUUUUAUUGUAAAUUGUUUAUUUCUGUAUAGAUCAAAGGUGAGAGUACAAAUGACAAAACACCUCUUACACAUCUGUGAGUCCGACGUGUCAUUUCAACUGAGGCUGGAGGGACAGAUUGAUCUCGUGCCGUUGGCUUUGGAGCUGUUGGGGUAUUUUCUCUAGAGAGAGAGAGAGCGAGAGCUUACAGCACAUCAGAGGCUAAAGAACAAGGACUGAGGCUGUUGGUGAGAGUUAAGAGCCUAUUUAUAAGCAAAUAUUCUGGAAAUCCUUUUCUUUUUCUUUUUUAUGGCAAAACAGAUUUGUGACAGUGAGAAAUUACUGUUCUUUGGCUACGUUAUAGUCUGAGUUUCCAAAACCACUACUUAGUUUAAAAGUAAAGCCAACCUGAAGCUUCUUUUCUGGCCAGCAGCUGUUCCACUUUCCCCAGUUUUCCCACUGAGGGUUUCUUUUGUUGGUCUUUCUCAAAAACUUCAAACAUGAUACUGUGGUUUUCUGUCCAUACUCAGAUCUGUAAGAUUUUUUCUUGGCCACUUGGGUGCAGUGGAAACAAGCUGUAAACGUUACUCUGAAAUCAUUUUUUUUUAGGUUUAUAUGGAAAACUUGUUGGCAAACAGUUGCCUGUUGACACAUCUGUGACUCUUGUUUGUGUCCGCUUGAUAAAAGUAAUGCUGUGUUCACACUCUGAGCGACACAGCAACAGUGUGGCCAGCUGAGUUGCCGUUGAAGUGUUGCUCAAGUGGUCGUUGACGUAGUUACAUCAUCACGGGUCUGUGCGUGUCUGCUGUUGGCGACAAAUGCUGUAAUCCAGUGUACUUGAAACUUUGAAAAAAAAAAAGGCAACGUCUGACAUGGAAAAGUGUGAUCUAACAGUCCUCUAGUUCGGAAUUUAGAGUUGGACACUAAGGCGCGAUCCGUCGAGUUCGCCAACAUAAACACAUCUGAAGUCACAGCAACAUGGCGGCAAACAAAGUUAACCUAGCGGAAUUACCUUUUCAUCAGUUUCACUUCUUGUAGUGUUUGUGUGUGUUCUACAACGUAACACUAUUGACUGUGGUUCACACUAUUAGGCUCAGCACAUUAAAACCAUUUUGAACUGCUGUACGUUAUCUAAAUGAGCAAAGACAAGCCAGACAGUUGACUGACUUUACACGCUGUUUCUUGUCACUAAUGGAUCGGAAGUUGGGAGCAUCUACUCGGAAAUUAUCGACUUUGUUGCAGUAGAUUGCAGGAAAAGCACCGCGACUUAACAGCAUCUAAAAUUUGUAUUUGGUAGCAGCAAAAUCAACACAAAACAAAAACAUGAUUGGUUGAGGCCUCAAUGGAGUGCUGAAAAAAUUGAGGCCAGCUCAACUUUAAGUGUUGGGCGUCAGUUUGUAGCUUCAUGUCACCGCCUUCCUUUGAAAAUGACUUACAGCCUGUUGCUCUGUUUCUCAUAGUGUGAACACAGGAUUAGGAUAAUUACCGCCUAUCUUUUUGCUUUGUUUUGGUCUCCUCCAGUUCCUGAGGUUAAUAUCAGGCUCCUUAGAAUGUAAACGCUCCACUAUCAUCACCUGCGAGACACCAAAUUUGCAAGCUGCCUCAUGUAAGCAGGUAGCGCACGUUGGUUUUCAUAGCUGUUUAUAUGCUGUAAGAGUGAACUUAAACAUCAAAGUUGUGGGCCAUGGACAAAUUAGCCUACACACUGUUCAAAGAAUGCGACCAUAUGCGGCUUCAGACCACCUCCAAAUGUGGUCUGGGUGAUUGGAUCUCAAGACGUGUUAGCUUUCAUACGAGUUGUCAUGUCAGCCACGGUUAUUAUAGAGACAUUGAUUGUAGCAGCGCUAAAUUGUUUAUGGAUACUAAACUCUGAGUCAUUUCAAUACAGAUUAGUCUCAGAACUCAGAAAACUACAGCUCUGAUACAGUUUUGAUCGUGCACCUAUUGCUAAGGCUCAUGGGAGCUGUAGUUUGUGGAUGCAGACAAAGUUUAAUUGUUUAAUCUUGGUUAUAAUGAUGUGGUGCUCAAAGGUGACCGACCAGUACUGUAGCAGACACUCAUUUAACUUUGAUUAUGGACAGAAGACUCCAGUAUCAUGACUCAGUCCUUCAAAAAAGCCUUCAUGGGAAAUUAGACUGAGAACUGAGAGCUGGGGGAUCAAGAGCUAACCUAGAAAAGAGGCAGGAAGGAUCUCUACAGUGACAGCAGUGGUGGUGGUUGUCUUUACUUGUGGUGUUUUCUCCCAGUUGUUUGAAGGGGCACAAUCCAGCCAGCAAAUUUAAUUUAAGACGGAGUCCUUUAUACUCCCUGAAUAAAGAGAAAAACAUUUAGUGAACAUGGAAGGAGUGUGGAGUCUCCUUCACAACAGUUUGAGACUUUGACCUCAUUUUAUUGCUGCGAAUCAGAAAGGUGUGGUGGCCAAAGUCUUACUUUACGAUGCCCUAUUUGGCACUUCAUGAGAGUUCGUGUUGAUUAGACCUUUAAGUCUGUACUGAAAUGUGCAAUCGGAUGUUAAGGGGAUGAUAUACGGUUAAAAAAUUUCAAAUUCUCUGAAAGUAAUUGGUGAUUUAAUUAGCUCUUGGUGGUUGGAUGCGGGUGACAGGUACUGUCAAAAUGAAUGUGAGGAGGAUUUCCACAUGUAACAGCCAGUGACUUAAUUAUUAAUGACCACUUGUUUUUGAUCCAUACUUUUUUUUUUAGUUGUUCUUUAAUCUGUUGUGUUGUUGACAAGCUAAUGUCUUGUAAAUAGCUAACACAGCACCCUUACAGCCAGAGGACGCACUUUGGCAACGGUUAAUAAGGAUUAGAGUCUUUUUUUUUUUUUUUUUUUAAACAAUUCCCUUCUAACUCGAAAUUUAGGCACUUCCUGUCAGUUGUAAAGUGGAGUUGAGAUGGAGCAUCUACCCUAUCUCAAUUGGCUCUUUUGUAUGACAUUAAAGCUUCUGAACUUUGGGGAAGACAAUUAAAAAGAGAGCUUCAAAACAGCCACUUCCUUUCCUAACCAAAGGUGAUGGUUUGAACUUGUAUUGCCCCAUCUUGUGGCCAAAGCAAAAAAUAUAUUAAAAGCACAUCACUUUGCAGCUGAGGAUUGUAACAGUAUCCUUUAGCGCGAGAGCCAAAUGGUCAUUUUCAUAACUUAAUGAAUUUAGUAAUUAGACAUUAACUGAAAAAGCUCUUAAAAAAAGAUCGACCCAAAAUACUAGCAAUUGACUAACAAACUAAACACACGUGCACCUGACCUCAGCCUUGAAGUGACAUUCUCCAAGGUAUACGUGUCACUGGAAUUUUUCUUUUCCUCUCUUUUGUCAUUUGGGACUGUGGAAUAAAACCAGUGCGAGAAGACUGAAGAUUGUAAUAUAAAUGUGCCAACAAAUAAACACCAGUAUUUCACAUUCA